UGUUCAACGUGAAUUCACACAGAACCUCAGAGCCGCACUCAUGUUUUUUCCCCUUUGGUUUCUUCUUUACAUUUCUUUUUCUUUUUGUUUCUUUACUCACCGAAUCAAAUACGAUUUUGCUGCCUUCUCUCUCUUUCUCCGUGUUGUUUCAACUUUCGAGGCUCUGUUUUCUCUGUUUCACAAAUUACAAAGGUUUUCUUUCUCUCCUCUCUUUGUUCAUGUCCCUUUGCAGCAUAAAAUGAUGUGAAUUAUUGGUGAUUUCUAGUACUAUAUACUUGGCCUCUGCAGUUCAAGUCUUUUACUCAUUUAUUUGCGGAAUUGUUACCAUAACUUCUUUGAUCGCCCCGUUUCUAGCACCGAUCGUUGCCUUUCUUUCCCGCCGUUUUCUAGCACAAGUUCGGUUUUCUUUCUUUUCUUUUGCUCAACGAAAAGUUCGCUGGUUACUCAGAAUCUGAAUAAAAAACGAGGAGAGGAACAGGGAAGAAGACGAUAAGAGGUGGCUUUUAUUUGAAUUCACAAGAUGGUCGCCUUUGGGAAAAAGCUCAAAGAACGUAGCAUUCAAGAAUGGCAAGGAUAUUACAUCAACUACAAACUGAUGAAGAAGAAAGUGAAUCAAUACGGUCGCCAGUUACAAGGAGGGAACCUAGAGCGUCGCCAAGUUCUUAAAGAUUUCUCAAAGAUGCUUGAUAACCAGAUCGAGAAAGUCGCACUGUUCAUGUUGGAGCAACAAGGAAUUCUUGCAAGUAGGCUACAGAGACUGAGAGAGUCGCACGACGCUCUCCAAGAGGAGCCUGAGAUAUCUCACAUAGCUUAUCUAAAGGAAGGUUAUAGAGCUGUUGGUCAAGAUCUUCUCAAGCUCUUGUUCUUCGUUGAGAUGAAUGCUAUUGGUGUCCGUAAGAUACUGAAGAAGUUUGAUAAACGGUUUGGUUACAGAUUCACAAACUAUUAUGUCAAGACUCGCGCUAACCAUCCUUACUCUGAACUUCAGCAAGUCUAUAAACAUGUUGGUCUUGGAGCUGUUGUUGGAGCAGUGUCUCGCAACCUUCAUGAGCUUCAAAACAAUCAAGGAAGCUACUUAUCUAUCUACGAUCAGCCUGUCCUUCCUCUUCAAGAUCCUGUAGUUGACUCCAUUAAAGCAGCAGUGGAUAGGCUCACACAUUCAACAAACUUCUUGAACUUCAUGGCUCAGCACGCGUUUAUCAUGCAACAAGAGUUACCUAGUCCACAAGACGAGGAAGAAGCCGUUGAAGAAGACAGGAGAUAUCACUUCAUGUCUCUCUUGUUGAAUCUUGUCAACACGUUUCUCUAUAUGGUCAAUACUUAUAUCAUUGUCCCUACAGCAGAUGACUAUUCAAUGAGCCUUGGUGCAGCGGCUACGGUGUGUGGUGUAGUGAUUGGUGCUAUGGCUGUGGCUCAGCUCUUCUCUUCGGUUUACUUCAGCGCCUGGUCUAAUAAAUCUUACUUCAAACCGCUUAUAUUCAGUAGCAUUGUCCUCUUCAUUGGUAACUUGUUGUAUGCAUUGGCUUUUGACUUUAACUCAAUAGCUGUUCUCUUGAUCGGUCGGCUUUUCUGUGGGUUGGGGUCAGCGAGAGCAGUAAACAGGAGGUAUAUAAGUGACUGUGUACCAUUAAAGAUCAGGAUGCAGGCUUCUGCUGGUUUUGUUAGUGCAAGUGCUCUAGGAAUGGCGUGUGGUCCUGCGCUUGCUGGUCUGUUGCAGACUAGAUUCAAAAUCUAUAAGCUUACGUUUAACCAAAACACAUUGCCUGGUUGGGUUAUGGCUGUUGCUUGGCUUAUGUACUUAGUCUGGUUAGCUAUAUCGUUUCGGGAGCUGGCGCUUGAGCCUGAGGAGAGUCAUAGUACUUCAAAGGAUUCUAAUAACUCUGAAGCUGUUCAAGAUGGGAAUCUGGAGUCAGGCAUUAAACAGCCAUUGCUGAUCACAUCAGAAGAGAUAGAUGAAGAUGAUAGUGAAGAAGCUUCUGAGGAAUCUCGUGCACCUGUGAACUCUAUUGGAGCUGCUUAUAGGUUGCUUACACCUUCAGUAAAGGUUCAACUAUUGAUAUACUUCAUGCUUAAGUAUGCAAUGGAGAUUCUUCUCUCUGAAUCUAGUGUCAUCACCACUUACUACUUUGGUUGGUCCACUAGCUCGGUUGCUAUCUUCUUGGCUUGUCUAGGUCUCACGGUUCUUCCUGUGAACAUCGUCAUUGGAAGCUAUAUCAGCAACAUGUUUGAAGACCGGCAAAUUCUGUUGGUGUCGGAGAUCAUGGUUUGUGUCGGAAUACUAUUCAGUUUCAAUGUCCUUGUUCCGUACACUGUGCCACAAUACGUUUGCUCCGGACUCAUCAUGUUUGUCUCAGCAGAAGUUCUUGAAGGUGUUAACUUGUCGUUGCUCUCGAGGGUUAUGUCGUCGAGGCUAUCGAGAGGGACUUACAACGGAGGUUUGCUUUCGACGGAGGCAGGCACGAUCGCGCGUGUGAUUGCUGACGUGACUAUUACCGUCGCCGGUUACUUUGGGCGGGAUAUGCUUUUGAAUGUCACUUUACUUCCGUCUCUGGUCACUUGUGUUGUGUCCAUCGUAGCUACUUGUUUUACUUAUAACUCCUUGUACUAGUAGUUAGGCCUGGGACUUUUAUCCGAAAUUCAGAUUCGAUCCGGAUCCGAUCCGAAAAUCCGGAUAUCCGGAGGGGUCGAAUCCGGAUCCGGAUAGUAAAAUGUUGGAUCCGUCAAAGCCGGAUCCGGAUAUCUUAAUUUUUAAGUCCGGAUAUCCGGAUCCGUAAGUUUUAUUAAUAAAUAUUUUAAAAAUAGUAA